AGUGUAUAAUGAAGCAUGUGUGUCAAUGACGAUCCUGUUGCUAUUAAUCCAUGCACCUUCAUGCGUACGUAUAUGCGUGGGUUAUGCAGGCCCGAGUUAGCAACAGCCAAGGCUAGAGCUGUUUCCUCACAAGACACCGUACACAAAAGGCUCGGGCCUAAGCGCCGAUUUGGCCUUCUCCUGGCUACACCCAUAACACGACUACAUAAAAGGAAGACAACACCAAUCGUACAGUCGACCUCAACGCCGCAACAACAACAUGACCGUGUCUCAUCGCCACCAUUUUCCGUGCAUCUCCUGUGUCCUGCGGUUCGCAGAGGCUUGUUUCGUAUGCCCCGUGCCACACCAUCCCAAUUCAAGACUCCCACCUCAGGAUGUGGCGCCAGUCAUCGACAUCGUGAGGCCUUUCUCUCCCGAACCCGCGCAUGUACCAAGGCAUGCCAUGUGGUCGGACAAGCCGCAUCUCUACAGGCCGUACCCUCCGCUGCGGCCACGGUGCGGACCAAUGCGAGCGAUGCCACCGAUGGACCCCGAUAGCCGUACGAUGGCAGCGUCAUGGCCUCCUCUGAGCGAUAGCACAACCACUCGAGAUCCGAGUUUCGUAUACCUGGACGAAAGUACUAGGAGCGCACUUGAGCCUUCACUGGGGCCACUAGGUCCUGCCAUCUCUCAUCGAGCCUCAGAUGCAGAUAUCGCAGGCUAUAAUCACGUACAAGAACAUGAUACCGAAGAAACGAUCCUGGUGCCCAUGCACGAUGCACAGAGUCCGGUUCAAGUUGACGUGUGUUCAGGCGUGUAGUGGAUGCGGGAGCCUAUCAUACGGAGAGCAGCAGUUAUGAUGAACUCUCGCGGACAUACUUAACUUUGGUAUACGAUAUCAAUCAGACAGACUCUCUGACUUCGUCAAGUCGUGCAGAGAGGUUGACGCGCCACUGGCAGGUGCAGUAUGUUCAUGUUUCAAUCGGAGCAAACAGCGCAUCUGGGGUGAUUUCAAAGAGAGUGGGAACCCUUGACAGAAGCGUAUUCAUAAGACCUCAAUGUCCCUCGUGCCGAGAUAGUCA